AUGAAAUAAACGUAAAUGAAAAAACAAUUCACAAAUAUAAUAGACAAUAUUUAUAAAGUUUAGUAUCACCUGUUACACUAAAUAAAUAUAAAAAGAAUUACAGUUCUCAAUCAUAGGAGGAAAUAAAUAUUUUGUUUACUCAAAAUAUUCUUCAAGAUUUUCCAAAAACUCUUCUUCAAAACUUUCUAUUAAUAACUAUUAAGAAAACAGAAUCAUAAGACAUUCUUAAACAGCUAUUUAAGAGUAAGAAAAACAAAUGCAAAUUUAUUAAAUUUUUAUAUUACAUGGAUAUAUAAAAUUGAGAAAUUUCUUCUUUAAAAUUGCUUUAAAAAUUCAUAAGAAGUAAUCCAAAAUAAUUUUCAAGAGUUAAAAAAAGAUGAAUAAUUUCAGAUAAUUAUCAUAUAAAUAGAAGUUGAAAAAAUUUAUUAAUUAACCUUUGAUUUGGCUUAAAAAAGUGAAGCAAUUAUACCUUUGCCAUAGGUUUGA